AUGUCUUUCAAGCAGGCUCUGAAAGAUAACCCCAAGGCCAUGAUCUGCAGCUUUCUCAUGGCCAUGGGACCACUAGCCUUUGGCUUCGACAUCAUCAUCGUCGGCGUCGUCACUGCCUUUCCGGCCUUUCUCCAGAGAUUCGGCGACCUCCACGACGGAAGUCUCUUCCUACCGUCCAUGUGGCUGUCUCUGUGGAACGCCUCCAUGCAGAUCGGAUUCAUGAUUGGUUCCCUCAUCAACGGCUGGGUCGCCGAUCGCGUCGGACGCAAGCUCUCCAUGAUGGCCGGCGCCGCCAUGACCGCAGCCGGCAUCGCCGUCGUCUUCACCUGCGACCUGAGCGACAACAUGGACCACCGCCGCGGCGCCUUUCUGGCCGGAAAGAUCGUCAUCGGCAUUGGUCUGAGCAUGAUGGCCACCACGUGCCUGGUCUACAACUCGGAAAUCAUGCCGCCCAAGCUGCGAGCCGUGUCUCUGUCCUUGUUCCAAUUCCAGCUUGUCCUGGGCCAGUUGAUUGCCGCCGUCGUUGCCGGAAGUGAAAUCUCCAAUGGCUUCCAGAUGAAGUCCUACCGCGUCUGCUUCGCCACUCAAUGGGCCAUGGCCGGCGCUGCCUUUGUCUCGGCCAUUGUGGUGCCCGAGUCUCCGGCCUGGCUCCUCCGCCGCGACGACGUCGAGGGGGCCCGGAAAGCCUUCGGUCGACUGGUUGGGCCCACCAAGGUCGAGGCUGCCAUGGUUUCUCUGCAGUCCACUCUGGAGCACGAGAAACAGGAGCAGAAGGACGCCGACGAUGUCUCCUGGGCGGAAUGCUUCCGAGGCCAGAAUUGGCGCCGCUUGCGCAUCAUCAUCUACGCCAGCAUCGUCCAGCAAUUCCACGGCCUCACCUUCGUCGCCAACGGCACUUACUUCAUGAUCAUCGCUGGCCUCUCCCCAACCAACGCCAUCACUGUUCUCGAGGUUGCCACUGGCCUGUCUCUGGCCGCCAUCAUGAUUUCCUGGGUUCUGACCAACUAUAUUGGCCGCAGACGCUCCAUCAUCGGCUGCACGGCCUUCCUCGCGCUGGUCUGGCUUUCUAUCGGCAUCGCCGGCUUCUACUCGAGCCAAGCCGCCCUGUGGUACAUGGGUGUCAUGAUCAAUUUGGUCAUGGUCUUCUUCAACCUCGGCGCUGGCCCUGUCAUCCCCGUCAUUGCAGCCGAAACCUCGACUGUCAGGCUGCGCGCCAAGGCCAACGCUAUCGGUUUCGUCUUCAACGGUUUCGCCUCGUGUGCAUUCAACGUCUUCGUUCCCUACAUGUUCAACUCGGACGAGGGCAAUCUCGGCGGCAAAACCGGCCUCUUCUUUUCUGGCCUCUGUAUCAUCGCCUGUGUGGUGCUCUUCUUUGAGCUGCCGGAGAUGAAGAACCGCACCUAUCUGCAGCUCGAUGAGAUGUUUGAGAACAAGGUCAAGACUCGCGAUUUCCGCAAGUACAAGACCUCCAGCGGCAGCGUCCCGAUUGAGAUGUAG